AUGACAACAUCGUCAUCAUCGGGUCUUUCGCCAGAAGCGAAAGAAUUCGUUCCUGUUAUCCUGAAUCCUUCGUCAACAACGAUUCCAACAAUUUAUUCGUCGGAUCAACAAGCAAUGAUAUAUCCAUUGAUGAAAUAUCCCGAAAUGGACUUUCGUAUGCCGCCAAAUCAACAAUUUCAUCUGAAUACCAACAAUACAUCUCAAAUCAUGCUCCUACCGACACCUGGUUGUUACCCAGCUACACAAAUACUUUACCCGCCGCAUGAACAAUCAUCGGUAUUCUAUCCUAUAGAUUACAAUCCAUGUUCAUUGAUGAACUAUUCACUUUCACAUCCGAAUUCUAUUCGAAUCUCAUCUGCUCGUCAACAGAAUGGUGCUAACCAUUCGAAUACACCAUCAUCGGAGAUCACGUCAUUCAAUGCUCGCCGAAACUUUCAUUCGACAAAUAGCAAACACCAACCAAAGAGCAAUCGAGCUCGUCCUAAUCAACAACAGUACGAACAAAGAAAAGACAUCGCCAAAUCGUCCAAUAAUAAUCAGGUCAAGAUGAAUGGAACAUUAUUUAAAUUGCGAACGGAAGAUUUUCCUAGUCUUCCAAUGGGCAACUCGCAACCAGAGAAGACUGCAAUACAAUCGCAAACCUCCGUAGAUACAAAAUCAACACCGUCUUGGAACAAAGUUGUUUCUUCUCCGCGUCCGCGUUCAACAUCUACACAUUCGGCUUCCUCCGAAAAUCAACAAUCGAGGAAAACUAAAUCGCCAACUCCGACAAAACAGAGUGAAGUCACUCCGCAAAAGCAGCGUUCACAUUCCUUGACUCGUGAUAACAAAACCCAGGAAAAGCAGCACACAAAACCAGCGAAUGAAACAGAUGCUCAAACAAAGCAGAAUCAAAAGAGUUCUAAACAGAAGAAAACUAAACCGAAAGAAGAACCAGUAAUCACUACAAAAGCAGAAGAAGGACAACAACAACAACAACCAUCUAUUCCAUUCACACUCGAUGAUGAAAACUCAUUUCCAGCCCUCGGUCAAGAAACGUCCGUUUCAGCAACAAAAGAAUCUAAUCAUAAUACUUCGAUGAAAACCACUACUUCUACUCCUGGAUUGAUCAGUAAAUCCAAAAUGAAAGCCAAUCACACUUAUCAAAUACGCUUACAGGACAUGUUCAAUGCGUUAAAUACAGCUAUACAAAAUAAACAGAAUAAUACCCAGCAGAAGUCGUCCAUGAUAGGAUUCAAUGGUGCUAAUCCGCUCGAUUCCAAUCCGGCGCCCAAACGUGGUAAAGAGCGUGAACAUCCUAAAGCACACAAGCCGACCAAAUUGAAGCGAAUCAUUAAUAAAGAACUUGAGGAGAAUCAAAAACAACGACAACAACUGCUAACGAAAGUUGCCAACAUCAAACAAACCGAUGACGGAGAAAGUCAGAACGAAACCGAUGUGAUCACGGAUGAUUACACGAACGAUGCGUCACCAAUCAAGCUGCAUGAUAACACCACUGAGUGCACUAGUGCGUCAUGCACUGAGGAAUCGAAUAACGAUACUGAUGACGAUGACGAGGAUGAGGAUAUGCUCGAUCAUGAACCGACGAGUCAAUUGCAAACUCCGUAUGCUCAACAAAUGCCACAAUCAAAUAUCAAACAACAAAUUCAUGAUGCUGGUUUUCGUGAAUAUUGUUCACAAUUAAUUGAUCGUCAACUAGAUGAAUUAUGCAUACAAUUAUUAAUAACGCUGAAACGUUUUCAAGAUCGUAAAAAGCAACAAUUUCAAUCCAAUCCUGAACGUGCACGUCGAAAACGUCGUUUUGUUCAUGGUAUUCGUGAGGUCACCAAACAUUUACGUUUGCAACGUUUGAAAUGCGUUCUCAUUGCACCUGAUUGUCAAUCGAUUCAAAGUGAAGGCGGUCUCAACGAUGCUAUCGAUCAAAUAAUCAGUCUAUGCAAAGAACAAAGCAUUCCCUACAUAUUCACUCUUAAUCGUCAAAAGCUAGGCCGAUGUUUGAACAAGAUUGCUCGAAUAUCCACCAUAGGCAUCUUUGAUUACAGUGGUGCCGAUGAACUUUACAAACAAAUCAUUGGAAUUACAGACGAAAAUCAACGUGCCUAUAAACAAAUCAUUGACAAUAUUAUCAAUCAAGAAGAUGCAGCGGCUAGCGCACCAUCGCACGGAUUGAAUAGUCGAGAGUUUUACAAAAUCCUUCAUCGAACAUUUCAACAACAAAAUCAACCACGUCAAUAUAUUGUCAACACCAUACCUGAUGAAUCUCGAUCGAGAUUAUUACCUAAAGUUGCCGCACAUCAUGCACACUCGAGACAAACAUCUGAUGCGUCGACCAUUUAUAUCGAUCCUCAAUUGAGUAAUUCAAUAAAGAAACAACAUACGCGUGCAUCGAGUGGAACAUUUGAUAUGGGCAAAAGUUCAACGACGAAAAAGAAUCACCAACGAACGCUAUCGGAUGGUGCAACAAGAAUCGAUGAUACAUCUUUACAAAUCAAACAUCACGUUAAGACGCAUUCACGGACGCCCUCAGGUUGUAGUGCCAUUAGUCAAAUCGAACAGCAAGAUUAUUUUGAACAAUCAAGAAACAUGCUAAUGAAUACCAAUGAUGAGUCAACUGCCGAUAGUGAAGAGAAUCGUUUGAAAUCUAUCAAUGAAGAUACCGAAGACAAUUCCGCAAAUAUCAAACGGAAAAACGUGGAGAAAUGGAUUAAUGACAAUUGA